CACACCACUACAUCCCCACCGACCACCACCAACCUUCCUACUCAAACUUCGGCUAUUAAUAGUUUCCAGUUAUGGAACCAGAAGUUACUGCACUUUACAGCAACCAAAUUUAAAAAAAAAAUGGAGAGGAUAGAGCACAAGUACGUACAUGUGAACGGUCUGAAGCUCCACCUGGCGGAGAUAGGAAGCGAGUCGUCGCCGGCGGUGGUGUUCUUACACGGAUUCCCAGAGAUAUGGUACUCCUGGCGCCACCAGAUGAUCGCCGUCGCCGCCGCCGGAUUCAGAGCAAUUGCACCCGAUUACAGAGGAUACGGACUAUCCGAUCCGCCGCCACAGCCCGAUAAGGCCACGUUGUUGGACCUCGUGGCUGACCUCCUCGCUCUUCUCGAUGCACUUGCCCUCCCCAAGGUUUUUCUGAUCGGUAAAGAUUUUGCAGCAUUUGUAGUAUCAAUUUAUACCCUUCUACACAAAGACAGGGUAUCGGGCUUUGUGACAGUGGGUGUGCCUUUCAUGCCACCUAAUCCUCCCACAUUCCAUCACCACCUCCCUGAGGGCUUCUACAUUUCUAGAUGGAAGGAAGGUGGACGUGCGGAAGCUGAUUUUGGUCGCCUUGAUGCGAAGAGUGUUGUAAGGAAUGUGUACAUAAUGUUCUCGAAAAGUGAAAUACCCAUAGCACAUGAAAACGAGGAGAUCAUGGACUUGGUUCAACCGUCCGAUCCUCUGCCUUAUUGGUUCACCGAAGAAGAUCUUGCAACCUAUGGAGCCUUGUACGAGAACUCGGGUUUUGAAACUGCAUUGCAGGUUCCUUACAGGUCGAUGGAUUUAGUGUUGGAUAUAAAAGAUCCGAAAGUUGACGUUGCAGCUCUGCUGAUAAUGGGGGAGAAAGAUUAUGUCCUGAAUUUUCCAGGAAUGGAGGACUACAUCAGGGGCGGAACUGUAAAAACGUUUGUGCCUAAUUUAGAGAUCGUUUUCGUGCCCGAAGGAAGCCAUUUUGUGCAAGAGCAAUCACCCGAUGAGGUGAAUAACCUCGUCGUUAAUUUCCUCAAAACCCAUAAUUAAUUUAAAUCAAGAAGAGAUGUUGUGACAACUGUAAUGUUGUAAUUUCAUCAUGGUGUGUAAUUGUAGGGGAAGUUUGAAACCUAUAUAUAAUAAAUAAUCUUUCUC